UGGCCGCUCUUCCCGCGACGAUCCCUUCCGCCCCUAUUCUGCCGCACAGCCAGUCUAGAAAGGCUUGUCUAGCGGCGGAAGAGUCCGGCGCUGUCCUGAUUGGGAGGGCUCCGUGUGGAAGAGAUGAACAGGACAAAGGUUGAUGAAGAGGAAUAUUGGAACAGCUCCAAGUUCAAGGCUUUCACUUUUGAUGAUGAAGAUGAUGAGCUCUCACAGUUAAAGGAAUCCAAGCGGGCAGUGAAUAGCCUUCGAGACUUCGUGGAUGAUGACGACGACGAUGACCUAGAGAGAGUCAGCUGGAGUGGGGAACCUGUGGGAAGUAUCUCAUGGUCCAUCAAAGAGACUGCUGGUAAUAGUGGGUCAAACCAUGAGGGGCGUGAACAGCUAAAGAGCCGAAACAGCUUCUCCUUUUAUGCACAGCUACCCAAACCUACUUCUACCUACUCCCUGAGCAGCUUUUUUAGAGGGAGAACUAGACUUGGAAGUUUCCAGUCCCUUUCUGAUGCUCUUUCGGACACACCUGCCAAAAGCUAUGCUCCAGAGCUGGGGAGACCCAAGGGGGAGUACAGGGACUACAGCAAUGACUGGAGCCCCAGUGACACGGUGCGACGCCUUCGGAAGGGGAAGGUCUGCUCACUAGAAAGAUUCCGCUCCUUACAGGACAAGCUACAACUCCUGGAAGAAGCAGUAAGCAUGCAUGACGGAAACGUCAUUACUGCAGUUCUGAUAUUCCUAAAGAGGACACUGAGCAAAGAAAUCCUCUUCCGAGAGCUGGAGGUGCGACAAGUUGCCCUGAGACACCUCAUCCACUUCCUGAAGGAGAUAGAAGAUCAAAAGCUGCUUUUAGACCUCUUCAGGUUCCUAGAUAGAACAGAAGAGUUUGCGCUGUCCCAUUAUCGAGAGCACUUAAGCAUUCAGGACCCCGAGAAACGAAAAGAAUUUCUUAAGACCUGCAUCGGUUUGCCAUUUUCAGCAGAAGAUUCUGCACACAUACAAGACCAUUACACGCUCCUGGAACGUCAGAUCAUCAUUGAGGCAAAUGACCGCCGUCUAGAGUCAGCCGGACAGACUGAGAUCUUCCGGAAGCACCCCCGCAAAGCGUCCAUCCUCAACAUGCCACUAGUGACGACCCUUUUCUACUCCUGCUUCUACCACUACACGGAGCCCGAGGGUACAUUCAGCAGUCCCGUCAACCUGAAGAAGACAUUUAAGAUCCCAGAUAAACAGUAUGUGCUGACUGCCCUGGCUGCCCGUGCCAAGCUUCGAGCCUGGCAUGACGUAGAUGCCCUCUUUACCACAAAGAACUGGCUGGGUUACACCAAGAAGAGAGCACCCAUUGGCUUCCAUCGGGUUGUGGAAAUUCUUCACAAGAACAGUGCCCCUGUCCAGAUAUUACAGGAGUAUGUCAAUCUCGUGGAAGAUGUGGACACAAAGUUGAACUUAGCUACCAAGUUCAAGUGCCACGAUGUCGUCAUUGAUACUUGCCGGGACCUGAAGGACCGCCAGCAGUUGCUAGCAUACAGGAGUAAGGUGGACAAAGGAUCUGCAGAGGAGGAGAAGAUCGAUGCCAUUCUCAACAGCUCGCAAAUUCGGUGGAAGAAUUAAGUGGCAUCAGCUACCCUGAGACGCACCUUGUUUCUUCCCUUCCUGCCUGUGGAAGUAGAGUGCACUCUUCUUUGGGAGAGUUACAGCAGCACACCACUUGG